AUGCCGCUUUUUCAGCCUUGGACCCGUCCUCCAUCGCGACGGAUUUACCUCCUCUCACCUGUCAUUGGGCUUCUUCUGGUUUACUUUUUCUUCUCCUUUGACACGGACGUGUUCAUUCCCCAGGUCGUCGUCACCCCGAUCUCACCACAACAAGAACAAGCCACAUGCCCCCCACUCCCAGGCAUUGAGGAUGUUCUGGUUAUCCUGAAAACUGGCGUCACAGAAGCACUAGAUAAAGUGCCGGUUCACUUCCAAACAACCCUGCGAUGCAUUCCCAAUUACGUGCUAUUCUCGGACUUUGAGGAGGAAAUCAACGGAACCCGCGUGCACGAUGUCCUUCGCAACGUCAACGAGACUAUCAAACGCACCAGCCCGGACUUUGAUCUCUACAACCGUAUACAUGAGCAUGGACGCAGCGGACUCACGCCGGCCGACCUGAGCCGCGUCCCCAACACCGCAUUCGGAAUGCCCGACAACCCCGGCUGGAAGCUGGAUAAAUGGAAGUUCCUCCCAAUGAUCGACGAAACGCUUCGGGUCCGUGACGAUGCCAAAUGGUACGUCUUCAUGGAGGCCGACACAUACUAUAUCUGGUCGAAUCUCCUGCAGUGGCUGGCGAAACUCGAUCCGAACAAACCUUACUACCUGGGUAAUCCGACGCAGAUUGGCCCUGACAUCUUCGGUCAUGGCGGGUCGGGAUUUAUACUGUCGCGCGAAGCCAUGCGUAGAGCGUCGGAACUACGAGCAGAAGACCUCGACGGGUGGGACCGAUAUACCGGGGAGCAGUGGGCCGGUGACUGCGUGCUGGGGAGACUACUCCAUGACGCGGGUGUACCCUUGUUAUGGUCGUGGCCCAUGCUGCAGUCAAAUACUCCCGCGGAGUUUGAUCACUUUUCUGAGGCUUAUUCCAGAAAGCCGUGGUGUUUCCCUGCGGUUUCAUAUCACCAUGUGACGCCGGAGGAUAUCCAAGAGCUAGUGAAGUUUGACCAGAGGUUCAUGCACAACAAUUCUGUCAUAUUGCACAGCGACGUGUUUCGUCAUCUCGUCCACUCACAGUUCAAGCCUCUACAACCCGACUGGGAUAACCUCUCUGACGAGGAGCAUGUCAUUGGUGCGGCUAGCUGUCAGGAGAUUUGUGCGAGCGAACCUGGAUGUCUCCAGUAUUCGUAUGAUGCUGGGAAGUGUCGAACUUCCAAAAUGGCCAAAAUAGGAGUCCCCAAGACUGGAGUUUCAUCGGGGUGGAUGACUGACCGGAUUGACGCCAUUGUGAAAGAGCUGGGCUCUUGCACGAAACCACAAUGGGUUCUCCCAUAG